CAACCCAUUCUGCUGAAUUCCUUCGUGUGUUCUACGUCCUGAUCCGAGUGCUCGAAGUCUUCGUGCCCCGACGCAACCCCGACGACUAGGCUGCGCCGAGCAGCAGGUGACUGUCGCACCCCAUGACGCGACAGCCCCGCCCUCCGCCCUCCGGAACGGCCGAGAAUGUCUUCGAUGUAUCAGCUCCGAGUGACGUGCGCGGGCCCCGUCCCAUAUAAGCCAGCGAGAGGUGCUGUUGACGUCCGUACUCACCUUGAAGUGAAUCCACGACAAGCACAUCGCAACCUAUCCGCUUAAAAUCUUACUUACUCACCCAUCCAUCCAUCCAUCCAUACACAUCACCAUGACCCGCACUGAACGCGCAACCUCCCCCGCCGCGCAGAAGCGUGACCGCUCGCUGAACCGUACUGGCCUUGACCCGAACCCGCGCAAGCACGGCGCGGGCCCGCAUAACUGGGGCGCGCUCGAGCAGGAGGCGGAGCUGGAGAACGAGGCGGUGUACGACGUGAGCGAGGAGGCUCCGGGAGUUGCUGUCGGAGAUGUCCCUGCAUCCACCGAGCACGUCGAGCUCUCGCCACAAGAGAUCGAGGAGGCGCGCAGAUUGAGGAAGGAGGCCGCGAAGGGAGGUCACGUCGACCUUCGCGACAUCGCGCGCACGUCCGCGGCCGUGCAUGCGAGCCCGACGAACAAAGACGUGACGAGCAUCACCAAUGCUGCCGAUACCGGCGCGAAGGUGUAACUUGGCAAUUACGACGAUGCUGUGUUGCCGACGAAGCAGUGUCACCGUACAGGCACUUCGAACGAGGGGAAGCAUAAUGAAGUAUCGGACUGUAUAAUCACAAAUGUAUCAUAGAGGCAAUGAAGACGGAGAUCGGGAUCAAGAAGUUAUCGAAAAAGGGA